AUGGUACAGCUAGAAAGACACCAGUCUUACCCUAACUUUAUUCAAAGUCUCUGUCUUUCUGUAGAAAUCUGGGAAAAUAAUUUGAAUCUAAAGAGAAAAAAGAAGAAAAGCAAAAUCGAAGUGAAGGUGUGGGAUCAAAGAGCAAUUUUCUUUUCUUUAUUGGUAGAAAGUGUGAAGCUUUUUGAUUUAGUGAGAAGUGUUAAUGGCGGGUUACAGAGCUGAUGAUGAUUAUGAUUACCUAUUCAAGGUGGUUCUGAUCGGUGAUUCAGGUGUUGGAAAGUCCAAUUUGCUUUCUCGAUUCACCAGGAAUGAGUUUAGUCUCGAGUCUAAAUCAACGAUCGGGGUUGAGUUCGCGACUCGUAGCUUGAAUGUUAAUGAAAAAGUUAUCAAAGCCCAGAUUUGGGAUACUGCUGGUCAAGAAAGAUACCGAGCAAUCACUAGUGCUUACUACCGAGGAGCUGUUGGGGCGCUUCUUGUCUACGAUGUAACCCGACACUCAACAUUUGAAAACGUUGAGAGAUGGCUAAGGGAACUCCGUGACCAUACUGACCCAAACAUAGUUGUGAUGCUUGUGGGAAACAAAUCCGAUCUUCGCCAUCUUGUGGCGGUCCAAACCGAAGAUGCAAAAUCUUUUGCAGAAAAUGAAUCACUCUACUUCAUGGAAACCUCAGCUCUUGAAUCUACUAAUGUUGAGAACGCGUUUUCUGAAGUACUCACUCAGAUUUACCAUGUUGUGAGCAAGAAAGCAAUGGAGGCUGGUCAAGAUUCGGGUAAUGUUCCUUCGAAAGGAGAAAAGAUCGAUGUUGAUGUCUCCGCUGUGAAGAAAACCGGUUGCUGCUCCAACUAAAAGACUACAGAUUGAGGAAUUUGGUCUGUGUCCUCAAAGCUGCAAUCGGUUUUUAAAUUUUACAUUCAAUUUUUUUUUUGAAGAUGUUUGCCUUUUUUUUUUUAGGAAACAAUCUAUGUUAUGCUUUGUUUUGCUUGCUUGAAAAUUGCUUAGGUUUGGUCUGAUUCUGUACCGGUCAAGGGAUUUUGUAAUUCAAUCCGCAAAUAUCUCUAAACCAAUAUUUAUUGUGCUAA